GAUGUCAUUCUGAUUCUCGUUAAAUACCAGUCAAUAAUUCUUCCUUCUUCUUUAUCUCUUUUUUCCUUAUGUCGAAUACUCUAUUUGAAAUAUUUAGUAGCAACAAGAAUGCUACAAGCCCUGCUAUCAUCAUUCCAAAGUCAUGUGAUGUGCCUACUCAAGUCAACUACAAGCAGCUUUUAGAUAUUCUUUAUGACUUUUCUCGUAAAUUAGCUGCUCAAGUACCUGCUCAUGCCUUGGCUCCCGGAAGAUCUGUGUCUAUCAGCUACCCCAACUCACUUGAAUUUACUGUUGCAUUUUUAGCUUCCACAUUCAUGAACUUGGUCGCUUCUCCUUUGAACCCUGCAUACACUGAAGAUGAAUUCAACUUUUAUUUAGAAGACGCAAAGAGUUCCAUCAUGAUUUUACCCAAAGGCGCUUUGGAACAAAAGAACAACCCUGCUGUCUUGGCUGCGCGUAAACAAAACGCUAUCAUUGUAGAAGUUCACUGGAAUGGCAAAGAGAUUGAAGUAAAUGCCCAUGCUCCUCAAAACAACGAGCCUCAUCUCAAGAUUGAUCAGUUUACACCUAACUCCGAGAGUGUUGCUUUGUUGUUACACACAAGUGGUACAACCGGUAGACCUAAAGGCGUCCCUCUUACACACCUCAAUUUGUUGACAUCUAUUAAGAACAUUGUUAACACUUAUGAAUUGAACUCUAAGGAUCGCACUUUGCUUGUCAUGCCUCUUUUCCAUGUCCAUGGUCUUCAAUGUGGUUUGCUUGCUACUUUCUUAUCCGGUGGAGCUGCUGUCAUUCCUCGCAAGUUUAGUGCAUCCCAUUUCUGGCAAGAUUUCAAGGACAGCCAAUGCAAUUGGUACACUGCUGUCCCCACUAUUCACCAAAUCUUGCUUCGUCAUCCUCCUUCCGAAGUACCAAACAUUCGUUUCAUUCGCUCUUGCUCUUCUAGUUUGGCUCCUGCUACUUUGCAUGCACUUGAAAAGCAAUUCAAGGCUCCUGUUUUAGAAGCUUAUGCUAUGACAGAAGCCUCUCAUCAAAUGACUUCCAACCCUCUUCCUCACCGUGGCCCUCAUAAGCCUGGAUCUGUUGGUGUUGGACAAGGUGUGGAAGUUGCCAUUUUGGACGAAGAAGGUAAUCCUGCUGAAAUAGGUGAAGUUUGUAUUCGUGGUAAGAACGUCACGAAGGGAUACUUGAACAACCCUAAAGCAACAGCUGAAUCCUUCCACAAGAAUGGCUUUUUCCGUACAGGCGAUCAAGGUAAAAAGGAUAAAGACGGCUAUUUGAUCUUGACGGGUCGUAUCAAGGAAUUGAUUAACCGAGGUGGUGAAAAGAUUUCUCCUAUUGAAUUGGAUUCUAUUAUGUUGAGUCAUCCCAAAAUUGCUGAAGCCGUCAGUUUUGCCGUUCCUGAUGAAAUGUAUGGUCAAGAAGUACAUGCUGCUAUUGUGUUGAAGCAUGAUGUCAAGGACGACCCUAAAGCCAUUGAACGUGAAUUGACUGCUUAUUGCCAAUCCAAGAUGGCUAAAUUCAAAGUUCCCAAGAGAUUCUAUGUCACAGAUAUGAUGCCCAAAACAGCUACAGGCAAGAUCCAACGCCGUAAAGUCAGCGAAGCCUUUUAUAAAGGUUCUGCCAAGCCUCAAGCCAAAUUGUAAUUUCCAUGUAUUUG